ACAGUCAACGUGAUUCGACCUUUUCCGGUUUAUUCGUUGAACAUGGCAGUCGGCAAAAAUAAAGGUCUUUCCAAGGGUGGCAAGAAGGGCGGCAAAAAGAAGGUAGUCGACCCGUUUUCUCGCAAGGACUGGUACGAUGUCAAGGCUCCAAAUAUGUUUCAAACCCGUCAAAUCGGUAAAACGCUUGUCAACCGCACCCAGGGUCAGAGAAUAGCAUCCGAUUAUUUGAAGGGUCGCGUUUUUGAAGUCUCUUUGGCAGACUUGCAAAAGGAUAUUGAUCCAGAACGUUCUUUCCGUAAGUUCCGUCUUAUUGCCGAAGACGUUCAAGACCGCAACGUGCUGUGUAAUUUCCACGGCAUGGAUCUUACUACUGACAAGUACAGGUCCAUGGUGAAAAAAUGGCAAACACUUAUUGAAGCUAUUGUUGAAGCCAAGACUGUCGAUGGGUACCUUUUGCGAGUGUUUUGCAUUGGAUUUACCGCCAAGGAUCAGCAGUCUCAGCGCAAAACAUGCUAUGCUCAACAAUCGCAAGUCCGCAAGAUUCGCGCUAGAAUGACUGACAUAAUAACUAACGAAGUCAGCGGUGCCGAUCUGAAGCAACUGGUCAACAAACUGGCAUUAGACUCGAUCGCCAAAGAUAUUGAGAAAAGUUGUCAGCGUAUAUAUCCUUUGCAUGAUGUUUACAUCCGUAAAGUUAAGGUAUUGAAGAAGCCGCGUUUCGAUGUCUCAAAACUGUUGGAGUUGCAUGGUGACGGCGGUGGAAAAUCUGUCGAAGCCGUCGUGUCCACCGAGGGAGCUGUAAUCGACCGCCCCGAAGGCUAUGAGCCUCCAGUGCAGGAAGCUGUCUAAAAUGGAUAUAACAUGCAUAUUUUAUAAUGUAUUGCAUCCAGAGCUAAAAUACAUUACUCCACAAAUUGCAUAAACUUA